AUGUUGUCAAAACUUCGCAAAGCAACCCGCGCAGCAGGAUCCAAGCUCGACAUCAGGCCUAAACCUGUUGCCAAGAUGGAAGGUCUCCUCGCACUUCCUGGAGAGAUCCGUAACCUCCUCUAUUCCGCCAUCAUGGACGGCGAUCGUCAAGAGCCACUUAUCGUUGCACAUCGCAACCCAGGCAUGAUAAUCGAAUUCCGGGAUUCGAAAUUCGAAACCUUAUAUGCCCCAGAAAUCGAGCGUCAUAAGGAACACGUCUACAUUGCCAUACAUAUCAAAGCCAAAUUCAAUGAGCAUUGGAUGGAGACAAGAGGAUGUUUUUCGUCCCGAUACAUGCAGAGCGAGGCAGAUUGGAUGAGCAAGAUUGGUCCACAAUUCGAAGGAAUGGGCGGCGUCUCAGCAGAGAUCUUACUCAAGGUCGUCCGGACAUGCCAUUACAAGCGAUCAGCCGGUACGGGACGUGGUAGCGAGUAUGGACCCGCAUUUCGGCUCGCACGCGACAUGGCCUUUACAAAUACCCUUAGGGGCCCAGACCGGAAGGCGACUCCGCCAACCAGAGCACAUUGA